ACGAAAAACUGCAACAACCUAGCAACACCGACCGCACCGCCGUGAUUACCUGCCUACUUGGGAGUAGGUUUUUGCUUCAAUUUCAAUCAAUUCCGACUCGGGGAGUCACAUGCUACCGACCUCCAAGUCGGGUUUUGCGCUUUGGUUUUCGGAUUUUAUGGGGUGAUAUAUCAUUUACAUUUUUAGAAGUGUUGGAUUGUUGGUACUGUUGGUACUUUUCCCAAAAUCACAAAGGUCAUCGUCGUCUUUCACCAUGUCAAAGGACUUCAUCGAACCGAUCGAGCCAAUCGAGCUUCAGCUUCCAACUCAAUCCGGCAAUAUGUCAUUCCUAACGAAGUCAGAGCAAUCGAGCGGCUCCAAUCAAGAUGAUAUCAUACUCAGACAGUUAGGAAAGCGACCGUUACUCAAUCGUAGUUUUGGCUUUAUGUCCAUCCUUGGACUAGCAUGCUCCGCCAUGUGCUCGUGGGAAGGAAUUCUGGUCACUUCCGUUCCUACCUUUAGCCUUGGGGGCCCGGCAGCCGUAGUAUGGGCGUUCGUUCUUGGAUGGAUUGGGACCAUUUCGGUGACAGCCACGAUGGCGGAGUUGGCAUCGGUCGCACCAACAGCCGGUGGACAAUAUCACUGGGUUGCCAUGAUAGCACCAGAGUCCUGCUCUGCUUUCUUAACUUAUGUCACUGCCUGGCUUACAACCCUGGCCUGGCAGGCUAUGGCUAUCACCUCUAGUUACACGACUUCCACCAUCCUCCUUGGUAUCGUCGUGUUGGCAAAUCCCACAUACACGCCUUUAUCGUGGCACACUAUCCUUACGAUGUGGGCGACAACAUCGUUCGCCGUACUGCUGAACUUAACUGGGGGCCGCGUGCUGGCAAAGUUCGAAGGUCUAAUCCUUGUUCUCCAUCUGGCGGGUUUCUUCGGUAUAUUGGUUCCUAUGGUGUACUUCGCGCCGCAUAAUCCCCCAGACUUCGUCUUUACCACGCUUUUCAAUAAUGGGAACUGGCCGACCCAAGGGUUGAGCUUUCUCGUUGGCUUCCCCACGGUUGCCACUGCGCUGAUAGGUGCUGACUGUGCAGUCCACAUGUCAGAAGAGAUCCAGUCUGCAGCCAUCGUGGUACCGAGGGCGUUGAUGUAUAGCAUCUUUAUAAAUGGAGCACUUGCAUUCGCAAUCAUCGUGGGUCUGAUGUUCUGCAUAUCGGACUUAGAUGCGGCAGUUGAAGCAGCAAACACGAUGUUUUAUUCGUUUCUCGAGAUUUUCCAAUCCGCAGUCAAGUCGACAACAGGUGCCUGUCUUAUGGCCGGCAUCAUCUUCAUCUUAUCUUUAGCGAGCUCCAUAAGCGUCUAUGCCUCCGCAUCCCGUAUGAUGUGGUCGUUCUCACGAGAUAAGGGGCUUCCCCUGAGCAGAUACCUAGUCAGGCUCACCAAAGAUAGAUUGCCGAUGAAUUCCAUAUUAUCAACGACUGCGAUUACGCUCGUCCUCUCUUUGAUGGUACUCGCACCCAGUGUCGCGCUCUCCGCUUUACUAUCGCUUGUUGUCGCAGCGCUAUAUUCUUCCUACCUCCUUGUGAGCUGCUUACUUCUCUGGCGACGUUGCACAGGAGGCUUCAAACCCUACACACCAGGUAUAGAUAUUCAUGAUUCUGGUUCUCCGACGUGGGGUCCUUGGAAACUCCCCGAGCCAUUGGGAACCGUGAACAACGCCUUCGCCUGCAUGUACAGCGCAUUGCUUCUAUUCUGGUCCUUUUGGCCUCAGACUACGAACCCAGCCCCGGAAACGUUUAACUGGAGCGUCUUGGUAUUUGGAUUUGUUCUCUUGUCUAGUAUCUCUUGGUACAUAUUAAAGGCAAGACACUACUUCAAAGGGCCAAUUAAGGAGGUCUAACGUGUACAAAUACUACGGGUCAAUCAAGAGUAUCUAUAGAUACGACUUCAUCAAAUUAAAGGCGGCAUCACUAUAUCCUUAUGUGAAAAUUGACAAAUAUGAUAUUCAGGAGUUCUAGGAACGAAGGCCUUCCAUGCGAGUUGUGCGGCGGAACGCGGUAUAUUCACUAGCAACGCUGACCGUACGGCAUGAUGGCGAGAUCGACUUAAGUCGAAUUUAUAUAGUAGGGCUACAAUAUAGGAUUGUAACAAGAUUCGUCACUAAGGAUAAAGUAGCCCCGUAGGGAAGUCAGCGACUCGACGCCUGCUCAGGAACAAGAUUGCGGUGCGGUCAAGGUGUAGGUCCUCCUACCUACCUCAAGGCCGACUUGAUAUCCGGCAAAGGUCAUACUCACGGCCUUUUACGUGACAUUAAGGGUGAUGAUACGUCUACUACCCAUCUUCUAUACACUCGAUAAAAAAGAAAUUUUAAAGGCCCAGCCCGAGGUAUUAUUUAUCGGCUCCUGGCUACUGCGCCCCCGCUAUUGGGUAUUUCUUUGCCACUCCAUUUCAGGCCCCAGA